UGAGUAUCAGUCCAAUUCAUUAGACUAGAUCAUUUUGUUUAUGCGUUCAGAAUGAAUCAACAACAACCAAACAAUUCUUCUUCUAUCAUUGUAAUCUCACCACAUUUUUGCACGCCAGAUCAAGUAAAUCUCUACACUGCCAUGAAAGUUAAAAAUGUAACACAAGGUAAUAAGUUGGGUGUUUUUGAUACCAAUGGAAACAAUAUCUUCAAAGUUACAGGUAAUUUUCUCAGCCUCAGUCGCUGUAUGCUUGUCGAUGCUGCCGGAGUUCCUCUCGUGACUUUAAAACAAAAGACAUUUAGUUUACACAGUCGAUGGAAAGUAUAUAGAGGAGAUAGCAAAGACUCAGAAGAUCUCUUGUUUAGUGUCAAGACCUCAACGGUUAUACUACAAUACAAGGCUGACUUGGAUGUGUUCUUAGCAUCCAACACAGAUGAAGAUGUCUGUGAUUUCAAGGUUGAACGGAACUACAGUGGGAAAACAUCAUCUUAUGUCGUCUAUCGAGGAGGAUCGGUCAUUGCCGAGAUGCACAAAGAAAUGACUGAAGUUUUGGGUAAGGACACAUUCUCAGUUACUAUCCACCCGAACGUCGAUUAUGCAUUUAUUAUCGCACUUCGUGUGGUUCUGGAUGAAAUGGAAAAGGCUGACAAGGGAGCCAAGUGGGGGGACGGGGCGGGGUUGGGGAUGGAAGCGGCAUCCGGGGCAUUGAUGGGAAUCAUUUCGGGGAUGUGAUUGGAAUGAUCACUGCAUGAUACCAUGAGAUUAGUAGAUACCGUACUCAUCUCCCCUCUCUCUCCUCUUCUCCAAGAGAAAAAAAAAACCCAACUUCAUCUUCUUACUCGGAUCUAGUCCAUUUCAGGCUAGAUGUGAGCAAGGAUCUUAGUUAUUUUGUGUUUUAGUUUUAGAAUAAAAGGAUUAUUUCCUAUUAAUUAGGCUUAUUUUCUUCACCUUCAUGGUGAUAUUUAUCUUCACCUUAGUGGUGAUUCUCUUUUAUUUUAAUGAUUAUUUGAUCUUGAUUAUAUGUUUGUUCAAGUGCAUCGCCGGGUUCAGAUUACUCUUUAUUCUCCGGUCAACAAAUUUGCAGAUUACUCCUAUACUAUUGGAGCAUUAUUUCAUCAGGAAGACGAUUUAUCAAAUGGUCCAUGAAUAUUAUGAAGACCAUUUUCUCUCUGAUUCUAUCGGUUUUUACAUUCUUGUAUUAGGUCAGUAUUAGGAAUUCCUUCUCUUUUCCUUGUUGGAAUUUUCAAUCAUGUACCGCUACUAGCUUGUUGUUUCUUUUUACUUUUUCAAUUUGAUGUACUUGAGAUCUAUGUAAUCUUGAUUUCCAUUAAUGAAAAUUGAAUUACCAAAAAAAAAA